UUUCUUUGCAAUGAUAUGCCUGGAGUAGCAUGUCAUGAAGUUAUGCAUGCACUUGGUGCUGAACAUGAACAUGUUCGACCCGAUAGAGAUGAUAGUAUUACUGUGAAUUGGACUAAUAUUGAUCCACAAUCGUACGAUUCUUUUGCCUUAGCAGAUUCGGCAGAAUAUUCGAGCUUUGGAAUUCCCUAUCAUUGUGAUAGUAUAAUGCACUAUUCAAGUACUACUAGUGCGCGGAGUUAUGGUCUAAAGACAAUGACUGCAAAAGUAGAUCCGGACAUUAACGAUCCUUUAAUGGGGCAACGUAAAGGAUUAGCCCAAGCAGAUGUUGAUGCUAUUAAUAAGCUUUAUUGCCUUCCACAAGACUGUACAGACAACUCCAAUUUUUGUGGGGGUUGGGCUAUACAAGGGUUAUGCUAUUGUGGUAAUACAGCACAGCCAGACUGUUAUAUGCUUGGAAACUGCCGAAAUUCUUGCAAUUUUUGCAAGUAUAAAUUUAAUUUUUUAUUUGCCCUAAAAUUUUUUUUUAAGUUGUACAUCACAUGGCAUUAA